CCGAACAUGUACUCCAUGAAUUAAAGUGCGUUACCGGACGCCAAGCAGUUGGUAUUUAGACGCCAUACACGAUACAGAUACAAAUUGAGAGACUUUGAUCCUGUCUCAUCAUCUGACUGCCGCACGACUCCAAGACGCUUAUCGAUCCGAGCAAACAACACAUCAUGGAAUCCGAGCUUCCAUCAACAGAUGGCUUCAACAUCGUCGAAGCAGACAUCUCGUCACAUCUGGACGCAUUGGCAUCCGGAUCAACCACAUCAAUAUCACUCGUUACCAGCUAUCUGAACCGAAUUGCAACAUACGAUAUCGCUGGAAAUUUGAAUGCCUUCACAGUAUUCAAUGACAAAGUCUACAAAGAAGCAGCAGCAUCUGAUGCUCGACGAGCUCAAGGACUACCGCCGAGACCACUGGAAGGCAUACCUUACACCAUCAAAGAUAGCUACAAGUACCUCGGUCUAAGCGUCACUGAUGGCUCGCCCGCUCUUGAAGGUGUGAUGUCAAGCGAAGAUUCGACGCUUGCAAAGAGGUUGAGAGAUGCUGGUGCGGUGCUCCUUGGCAAGACGAACAUGCCGCCAAUGGCUGCCGGUGGUAUGCAAAGGGGGCUGUACGGGCGCGCGGAGUCGCCAUACAAUCCCAAAUAUCUGACCGCAGCUUUCUCUUCGGGAUCGUCAAACGGUGCGGCGUCGUCUUUGGCUAGCAGCAUGGCAGUGUUUGGCUUGGGAAGCGAGACAGUAAGUUCGGGGAGAAGCCCGGCGAGCAACAACGCACUUGUAUGUUACACACCAUCGAAGGGGACUUUAAGCUGCAGAGGUCUUGUACCGCUGUAUGUAACGUGCGAUGUCCCGGCGCCAUACACACGAUCUGUUUGUGAUAUGUUGGCACUCCUUGACGUUAUAGCCGCACCGGAUGAAGAAACAAAAGGCGACUUCUACAGAGAACAGACAUUUGUUUCCAUUCCUGGACCACCAAAGAUCGAGUACGCUUCCCUGAAAAAUGCAGAUGCUUUAAAAGGCAGAAGAGUAGGCGUACCGAAGAUGUACGUUGGCCAGAAAGACUCCGACUCACAUGCGAAGCCAACAUACGUCUCACCUGAAGUGAUCACCGCAUGGAAGAAGACAGCUGAAGAUCUGCAAGGACUCGGUGCAAAAGUAGUCUACACCGACUUCCCACUCGUCACCAACUAUGAGAACGACUCUGUCUCCCAAGAAGCCAACAACGUCGUCGGCGCACCAUCAAACUGGAACCACGUAGAGCGCGGCAUCCUGAUCGCAAAAGCAUGGAACACGUUCCUCGAGCACAACAACGACACGAAGAUCAAGAGCCUGGGCGACAUCCAAGACUCCGCCAUGCUAUUCCCCAAGCCGAAACCUUACGUUCCUGACACUUUCCUCGAAGUUCGAAACUGGAUCGACUACGCCGGCCUUCCUUCCCUCCUACAGCAAUCCAAAGAAGAAUCCGUCUUCGACGUACCCGGCCUCGAAACCGCCGUCAAAGCACUCGAAGCCCAGCGCAAGCGCGAUCUUGAGGACUGGAUGACAGCGCUCAAUCUCGACGUCAUCGCAUUCCCAGCCCAAGGCGAUGUGGGCCUCGCCGAUCUCGAAUUCAGUCUAGAAAGCACAAAGCACAGUCUGCAGAAUGGCGUCAAGUAUAGCAAUGGCAACAGAGCGGUACGACACCUCGGCGUGCCGACCGUCAGCGUGCCGAUGGGCGUGCUCGAGGGGAAGGGUAUGCCUGUUAAUAUAACGUUUGCUGGGCGAGCGUAUGAGGAUCCGAAGUUGUUGGAAUAUGCGUAUGCGUUUGAACAGGCUACGAGGAGGCGCAUCAGUCCGCCCUUACAGCCACUCGCCACGGAUAUCAUAAGGCCGGGAGCUAUUCAAGCCUCUGUGCAAGGAUCUAUAGAACUUGAAGUUCGUGUUCAAAGUCAGACAGUGGUAGAUGGAAAGCUUGCGAUCGAGAUCAAUGGCUCUGUUUUGCCAGAUGGUACCGAGAGAGAGGUACAGAUCUUCGUUGAUGGCAAGGAGAUGUGGAAGGACAGGAUUGUGACCGAGUCCUGGAGCGUCAAGCUGGAGCAUACUCUGGUGCGACGAGAGUGUCUUGGUUGGGACCUCAAGCCGUUACCGCCAAAGAAGGCUAUGGUCAUCGUAAUCGUGAAGGGGGCAGGGACACCAGAGGAGGCGAAGCUGAUGUGGGCGGAAGUACAUUAAUUGGGGUGGUCUUAGAACUGCUCAUCAACUUUAGAGCGGGUAAUGCCAGUUCAAAUGUAGGAUGCUAAAGGUAUCGAGUCACAGAUCAACGUGAGGAAGAAGAGUUGACAUAUCUUGAAUG